AUGGAAGGGGGCGGCAAGCCCAACUCGUCGUCCGGCGGCCGGGACGAUGGCAACAGCGCCUUCCCCGCCAAGCCGCCCGCGACGGCCGCGGGCCCGGCCGGGGCCGACCGGGGGCCGGGCAGCCCGCCGGGGGGCGGCGGGCCGGGCGCCAAGGAGCUGGGCAACUCCGUGUGCUUCAAGGUGGACGGCGGCGAGGAGCCGGCCGGGGGCCUGGAGGACGCCGAGGGGCCCCGGCGGCAGUACGGCUUCAUGCAGAGGCAGUUCACCUCCAUGCUGCAGCCCGGCGUCAACAAAUUCUCCCUCCGCAUGUUUGGCAGCCAGAAGGCGGUGGAGAAGGAGCAGGAAAGGGUUAAAACUGCAGGCUUCUGGAUUAUCCACCCCUACAGCGAUUUCAGGUUUUACUGGGAUUUAAUAAUGCUCAUAAUGAUGGUUGGCAAUUUGGUCAUCAUACCCGUGGGAAUCACGUUCUUUACAGAACAAACUACCACCCCGUGGAUUAUUUUUAACGUGGCGUCCGACACAGUCUUCCUCUUGGACCUGAUCAUGAAUUUUAGGACUGGGACUGUCAAUGAAGACAGUUCUGAAAUCAUCCUGGACCCUAAAGUGAUCAAGAUGAAUUAUUUAAAAAGCUGGUUUGUGGUGGACUUCAUCUCGUCCAUCCCUGUGGAUUACAUCUUCCUCAUCGUAGAGAAGGGAAUGGACUCGGAAGUUUACAAGACGGCCAGGGCGCUUCGCAUCGUGAGGUUUACCAAAAUCCUCAGUCUCUUGCGCUUAUUACGACUUUCAAGAUUGAUUAGGUACAUCCAUCAGUGGGAAGAGAUCUUCCACAUGACGUAUGACCUGGCCAGCGCGGUGGUGAGAAUCUUCAACCUCAUCGGCAUGAUGCUGCUGCUGUGCCACUGGGACGGCUGCCUGCAGUUCCUGGUGCCGCUCCUGCAGGACUUCCCCCCCGACUGCUGGGUGUCGCUCAACGAGAUGGUGAACGAUUCUUGGGGAAAGCAGUAUUCGUACGCCCUCUUCAAAGCCAUGAGCCACAUGCUGUGCAUCGGGUACGGGGCCCAGGCCCCGGUCAGCAUGUCGGACCUCUGGAUCACCAUGCUGAGCAUGAUCGUCGGGGCCACCUGCUACGCCAUGUUCGUGGGCCACGCCACGGCUCUGAUCCAGUCCCUGGACUCCUCCCGGCGGCAGUAUCAGGAGAAGUAUAAGCAGGUGGAACAGUACAUGUCCUUCCAUAAGCUACCGGCCGACAUGCGUCAGAAGAUCCAUGAUUACUAUGAGCACAGAUACCAAGGCAAAAUCUUCGAUGAGGAAAAUAUUCUCAACGAGCUCAAUGACCCUCUGAGAGAGGAGAUAGUCAACUUCAACUGCCGGAAGCUGGUGGCCACGAUGCCGCUGUUCGCCAACGCCGACCCGAACUUCGUGACCGCCAUGCUGAGCAAGCUGAGAUUCGAGGUGUUCCAGCCUGGAGAUUACAUCAUUCGAGAAGGAGCCGUGGGUAAAAAGAUGUACUUCAUUCAACACGGCGUUGCCGGCGUGAUCACCAAGUCCAGUAAGGAAAUGAAGCUGACCGACGGCUCUUACUUCGGAGAGAUUUGCCUGCUGACCAAGGGACGCCGUACGGCCAGUGUUCGAGCUGAUACAUACUGUCGUCUGUACUCACUUUCUGUGGACAACUUCAACGAGGUCCUGGAGGAGUACCCAAUGAUGAGACGAGCCUUUGAGACAGUUGCCAUUGACCGACUAGAUCGGAUAGGAAAGAAAAAUUCAAUUCUUCUGCAAAAGUUCCAGAAGGAUCUUAACACUGGUGUUUUCAACAACCAGGAGAACGAGAUCCUGAAGCAGAUCGUGAAACACGACCGGGAGAUGGUGCAGGCCAUAGUUCCGAUCACUUUUCCGCAGACGGCAGCCCUGAACUCCACCUCUUCCACCGCCACCCCCACCUCGCGCGUGAGGACACAGUCGCCGCCCGUGUACACAGCGACCAGCCUGUCCCAUAGCAACCUGCACUCCCCCAGCCCCAGCACCCAGACCCCGCAGCCCCCCGCCGUGCUGUCGCCCUGCUCCUACACCACGGCCGUGUGCAGCCCGCCGGUGCAGAGCCCGCUGGCCGCCCGGACUUUCCACUACGCCUCGCCCACCGCGUCGCAGCUGUCCCUGGUGCACCAGCCGCCGCAGCCCACGCAGCCCGCGCAGCCCGCGCAGCCCCCGCAGCCGCCGCCCAGCAGCUCCACGCCGAAAGCCGACGUGCACAAGAGCACGCAGGCUCUGCACAACACCAGCCUGACCCGAGACGUCAGGCCCCUGUCCGCCUCGCAGCCCUCGCUGCCCCACGAGGCCUCCACCCCGAUCUCCAGACCGCAUCCCACCGUGGGCGAGUCCCUGGCCUCCCUCCCGCAGCCCGCGGCGGCUGUCCACAGCGCGGGCCUGCCGCCGGGGGGCAGGGGCACGGUCCCCCAGAGAGUCACCCUGUUCCGACAGAUGUCAUCGGGAGCCAUUCCUCCCGCCCGAGGUGUCCCCCCCGCGCCCCCUCCACCAGCGGCCCCUCUUCAGAGAGAGGCUUCCUCAGUCUUAAACACAGACCCAGAUGCAGAAAAACCACGAUUUUCUUCAAAUUUAUGAUCCCUGCCAGUUGUCAAAGCAGACUCGAAUAAACCGAGAACAUUCUCAGAUCUUAUUUUAUUCUAUCUCCUGGUACAUCCCUAUAGCCUACUAUGAAGAGGUAUUUUAGAAAGCUCUGGCUACAUGCAAAAUGUAAAAAUAAAUAUAUAUA